AAAGAAAUGUAAUUUAUAGCAGCAAAGCAUUUAGUGUGUUAGGUUCCAAAAAUGUUCAUUUAUAACUGCAAAUAACAAAAAUGGCCAAAGAGUGUAUGGUAAAGUAUUAGUAAUGAAGAAGGUUAUGUUUCCGAUGUGUAUGCCCAAACCGUACCUUCAUAACUGCCUCUUUCCACGUUUGUAUUUUUGAAAUCUGUAUCAUAUCAGUAUCAUAUCCUCUGAUUUGUUUGGUUGUUACUCUUCUUGUUCUGACUCAGAUGAUCUACACUUCUUCACAUCAGAUUUGGAGAUAAGAUGGUCAUGGUGGAAAUUUUCAGCCACAUUUUCUAUGUGUAAAUUGUAAAACCAGAAAUCACGGGUGAUGCAAACUUUUGCACUUAGUUGUUAGCACAGACCUGUGUCGACUGUGGGUUUAAAGUGUCCCAGCUCCUAAAAGGAGAUUGGCUAAAUAUAGACGCUUCUACAAAGAGACAUGGAAGAUUAGCGGUGAUUAAAGGUUCACUGGUCUGAAUGGUGGCUGGUGAUCAGCAGCUAUAGUGAGAGUGGAACAUAGCUGAUAGACUUAACAAACCCAGGUAAAGACAACCACCAUGUAGUUGGAAUACAUUUGAAAAGUUUUAUUCCAUCCAGGACUGGAGAACAUCCGUUAGAAGUAUUAUCUGUGUAAGUAUAUGUUCUGUACCCUUAAAACAGUUGACCAGUUAAAGUAUCUUAGAAUGUAAGCAGUUAAUUUGAGUUCAUAUAAUGAAAUUUUCCAUAAACUAGGAAGAACUAAAUAGUAGUCUAGACUAAUUGGCGUGUGAUGUAUUAAAAAAAAAAAUCACAUGCACCCCUUGAUGUCGCAAUGCAGUUUGUUCCUGUCAAAUUACUUCAUUUUAUUUAUCACUGGUGUCUUUAUGCAAUGUGUUUUUUUAAAUUUUUUUUUUUUUUUAAUUGAUACCAGCUAUUGCUCCACUGCUGAUCACAUUCUCAAAUUUGUCUUUUGCACAUUGCAUGGUGUAAGUGUAGACUGUAACGGCUCAAUGCUUAGAACUCGGAUGGACACCUCAUGCCAGGCCCUGUGUCGCUCACUGGUGAGCCAAAAUGAAAAUCUAGACAUCUCACAGUCGGUGCUCUACACCUCCCUCAUGGGCUUGUUGCUGGUGGCUGACAAAGAGAGAGAGCUAACGCUGGGCAGUGGACGAGUUGGACUGCAUAAUGCUGGGAACACAUGUUUCCUGAAUGCCAUUGUACAGUGUCUCUCCCACACCCAGGGUCUUAGAGACUACUGUCUGACUAAAACCUACCUCCAGGACAUGUGCUCCAGUCAAGAGCCAGAGCUGAUGAAUGAAUUCACCAAAGUUUUGGAAGGACUGUGGUGCACAGAUGAAGGGAAAAGGCCAGUAAAUCCUGAGCGGUUCUACUGUGUUUUUAAAGAGGCUAUGCCUUACUUCACUGGAUACAGUCAGCAGGAUGCUCAGGAGUUCUUGCGAUUCCUUUUGGACCGGUUACAUACAGAAAUCAACCGCCGAUCCUCACAUCACGCUGCCACCUCUACCAGUCCUGAGCCCAGCUACACCCGAUUCAGGUACACAAACAAGAGGUCUGAGCUAAAAGAAGCAGCAGCUAUUCAGCCUUAUAGACAUUCAAUUCCUACACUAACUAUUCAAACUAGGAUUUCAGAAGAAGCAGCUGCUAUGUGGAAGAGACAUGUGGACAAGGAUGACAGUAUAAUUGUAGAUUUGUUCUCAGGACAGCUGCGCAGCUCGCUGCACUGCUCUGUCUGCUCACACUACUCCAACACCUUCGAUGUGUUCUGUGAUUUGUCGCUGCCUAUCCCAAAGACAUGUGACUCCAGAGCAGGUGUGACCCUUCGGGAAUGUUUGGAUCUGUUCUCACAUGAGGAAAAACUCAGCAAAGAAAAUUCACCUAUGUGUGAGAAGUGUAAUCGUCACACAGAGACCACAAAAACUCUAACCAUCCAGAGAUUCCCUAAAAUCCUGGUGAUACACUUAAAGCGCUUUACAGCAACAAGGUAUUCAACCCGGAAAAACACAGUACCAGUGUCGUUCCCUCUUACUGAUCUUGACUUGGGACCAUAUGGAGCGAGUGACUGUGGCCCAGUGCUGUAUGACCUAUAUGCUCUAUGCAACCACACUGGCACUGUGAACAUGGGUCACUACACAGCUGUCUGCCAGGAAGGAGGAGGCUGGUGCUGCUAUAAUGACUCGUGUGUUACCCAAAUAUCUGAGGACCAGCUUCAAUCCUGCCAGGCGUAUCUUCUCUUCUACAAACUUAAAAACAGCACGGCCUCCAGGAAAUGAAUCUCUUUUACCGGACAUUAGUAGGCAAUUCCACUCCCAAGGGAAAGAAGUUUAUGUGGCAGUGUUCACAGACCAUUCAGGAGAAACAUGUUAGAGGAAACGUGGAUUCAGUGAAGCCUGCUCAUUGCUCUCUCAUUGAACUGCCAGCAAAACUCUUUGUUAUAUUCAAAGUACUUGGAUUAUUUUUUGGUGAUUUAAACAGGUUUGUUUAAACAUUUUCUGCUAGGCCACAGGCAUUGUUGUUUUUUUUAAAUUAAAAACAUUUGCUGCAACACAGAAAAUGUGC